CAGAAGGACAAAUUAGUCAUUUCACAAACCGACCCAACUAGGGGCUAGGGCUUCUCAAGAAGCCAUAUAAACAGCAAAAAAAAAAAAAACCUAUCGUUUCCUCCGUGAAAACCCUAACACCGACUCGACCUAGAGCACAGCGAACAGAGAUGGCGAAGUCGAAGAAUCACACGGCGCACAACCAGUCUUACAAGGCUCACAAGAACGGGAUCAAGAAGCCCCGAAAGCACCGCCACACUUCCACCAAAGGGAUGGAUCCGAAGUUUCUGAGGAACCAGAGGUAUGCGAGGAAGCACAACAAGAAGAGUGGCGAAGCUGCUACCGAGGAAGAGUAAUUUUGACCUAGAAUUACUUUCAGUAUGAAACAAUUUUUGUUAGAUUGUUCUGUGUUUAAGUUUGAUGAUCUAAACCCCAUUUCUGUUUCUUUAAUGUUUUUGUCUGUUGAAAGUCAUAUAUUUUGAGCUCUUGUUGCUAGUUGUUCUUAUAUGAUUUGUUUUUCUUAUAA